AUGGCAGAGUCAAACUCCAAUUCAACGCAGCUGCAGCCGCCUGCAGCAUCGGCCUCCGCUCCCCCACCCGCCCCAGAGUCGCAAAUCCCUGGACCUCGCGCUUCGCGACUGGUCCAGGUAUUUGACCAGGCUCUAGCACGUACCCUUCGCGCGAACUCGUAUUCCAACUUUGCGAGCUGUUUCCCCACGCCUGCCCGACAUGUUCCCGCUAGCCUGGAAAGCGUGUGGAGGCAACUGAACGCAAAGCUCGAGGAGGGUGCCAAGGCGGAAUUCGAAGAGAUUAUAGCUGAAAGGGAAGCGGUGAAGCAUAUCAAUGAGUUGGAUCAGUUGGUCGCAGAGGCCAGGAUCAGGAAGGAGAAUGAAGGAGAGAGCGGAGAUGGACCACAACUAGGCAAUGCGUAUGUUUUUCUUCGGUCUUGUGGAGGCUACUACACCGAUACUGACAUUCCGAUCCAAUAUAGGCCUCACACACUCGGAGCUGAAGAUCUCUAUAAAGCACAUUUGACGCCUUAUCUUCAGGAAGCGCAAGCUAUCCUGAAUGAUAAACUUGAGGCUACACACGCUCAAAAUGCAGAAUUGUCGCAAACUGUACAGGCACAGAGAUUGGAAAUUGAAAAACUUCUUUCUCAUCUUGAAUCGGUUGUUACCGACGUCGAAGGUGCUGCGACGGCAGCCAUACAGUUCAGUCAGGAGCACCAUAUUCGCCAAGAUGCGAUUCAAAUGGACGAGGAAAUCAACCCCCAACCAACCGUCUAA